AUGGCAGAAGCGGUUUUUCAUCCCCCAAGAAGGAAAAGAAGAGUUUUUGAGUCAUAUGACUCUCCCUUUCCUGUAGAUGUAGGUGGGAAGGAUUUCAGAAUGUGCCAGGCUGAAAUCAUGAACAACAAUGUUAUUGUGAGGAACCCUGAAGAUAUUGAACAGCUUUAUAACAAGGGCUAUUUUGGAAAAGGUAUCCUUUCAAGAAGUCGACCAGUGUACAGCAUUUCAGAUCCUUCGCUGGUUGCUAAGUGGCAAGGUGCUAACAUAAACCUGCCUAUAAUUACAUCAAAAAAGUUCCAGUACCAUGUUCAGUGGGCUAAAAGUGUUUUGCAAGAGCAAGGAUUGGAUGAAAGCUCAGUUACCAGAAUUCUCGAAAAUUACACUAAGCCACUUGAGCUGCCAUUUUUGGAAAAGGAUGGAGCUGAACAAACCAGUAACAGUUGCAACAGAACAGGCCCAAAUACAGAAAAUACAGAAUUUUUCAGACAGCCUUCUACAGAUACUGGAAAUGUAGUAACUCAGAGUCCUGAGAAGCAGAAUGAAGGCAACAAGAAAACCUGUUUGGAAGGAGACUCAGCAUUUGAUCCUGUGGCCACACAUGGCUCUAAAGAACAAGAACAAGGUGACUUGAAAGAGAAAGCUGAAGAGUCUUGUCAGGAGCAUGAAAAGAAAGAGAAAGCUGUGGUGGCUUGUCAGGAGCAUGAUUUCCUAGUGCACUGCGGCUGCAAGGCCAAGGGUAGUGCGGAGCAAAGACCUUGGGAGAUGGUCAAGUCAAAAGAAUGUGCUCCAGAAUAUGUGUUGGUAGAAGAGGAAGAGGAAGGUAGCUUAUGUCCUGAAGAUGACUCUGCUCACACACGAGAAAAUCUUAUCAAGAAGGAAAAACUGGUGUGCAGAAAAAAUCCAUUUAGGAUUUUUGAGUAUUUACAACUGAGCUUAGAAGAGGCUUUUUUCUUGGUGUACGCUCUGGGAUGUUUAAGUAUUUAUUAUGAUGAGGAGCCCCUGACUAUUCUGAAGCUAUGGGAAGUUUUCAGUGAAGUGAAGCCUGAUUUUAAAACCACCUACAUGGCGUAUCACUACUUCCGCAGUAAGGGCUGGGUCCCCAAAGUUGGGCUGAAGUAUGGAACAGAUCUCUUGCUGUAUCGAAAAGGCCCCCCCUUCUAUCAUGCAAGUUACUCUGUCAUUGCUGAAUUAGUUGAUGAUAGUUUUGAAGGUUCUCUUCGCAGACCGCUCAGCUGGACAGCCUUGUCUGGGCUGAACAGAACAACUGCUAAUGCUUCUAAGGAACUUAUGUUGUGCUAUUUGAUUAGGCCGUCUGACAUGACUGAGGAGGAGAUGUCAACGCCAGAAUGUAUGAAAAGAAUUAAGGUUCAGGAACUGAUUGUAACUCGUUGGGUUUCUUCCCGUGAGCGCAGUGAGCAAGAUGAAUUUUAA